AUGUGGCAGCGGUUCUGCGUGCGGCCUGUCAUGGUGGAUGUACACCAACUAGCAUUGUCGUCGCGCCGCACCAUUGUGCUGCGCCACACGAAUGUCCUGUUAUCGAAUGGUGGAGCGGGGCGGCAUCAGCAGCAGCAGGGUGUCGAGGAAGGUCAGCUCGCGGACGAGGCGAAUGCGACGUGGGAUGAAGCGCGACUCAUGACGACACAUCUGCAGGAGUCGGGUGGCCGCACGUCUCCCACGCCGUGCAGCGAGCGACACAACGGCUCAAACGAUAGGGAUUGGACAGAGCCGGCGUUAGAGGACCUGGACCGCUCCAUCCCGCAGGUGGACUGCGCCUUCAUUGCCGACCUCAUCCGCGCCCGCAACAAGCGACGCAAGGAGUUCCUUGAAAAGAAGGCGCAAGUGAAGGCCAAGGUCGAGGCGCUAAGUAAACAGCAGGCGGUCUCGGUGAUGGAGUCGGCGAAGUUCCCUAUUAUUGGCCCUGCUGGUAUGGGGCGGGGCGGGGCGGUAGCCCCGGUGCACAGCGGAGAGGACGGUGAUGAUAUUGCUGUUGCCGUCUCACCUGAAGUUGUCGCGCAGCUUUCGGAUGACGAGCGUGACGCACUGCUGGCGUCACGUCCGGAGUACGAUGAUGGUUUUGUUCUGCUUGACUGCCGCACAGUGAAUGAGGUGACAUCAUGGGGCAUGAUAGAAGGCGCCAAGGUACUUCCCGCUCAUGAAAUGUUUGACGGUUUUCACCUCACGCCAGAGGAGUUUGAAGUGGAGUUCGGCUUUGCGAAACCGCGGCCAGAGCAGAAGAUCAUUUGUUAUUGUCAGUACGGGCCCCGUGCGCUCAUGGCGGCGCAGAUACUGAGUUGGAUGGGCUAUGUGAAUGUCCUGCACUUCCGUGACGGAUAUUAUGAGUGGGGAAAGCAAUACAACCUGCUGCUUCGACGGUGGAUGCUGCACGACAAGGAGUCCGGCAAUGAGGUGAAGCGGCAGGUAGCGUUUCAAGCCGGACUCGAGCUCCAGCGUGAGAUUGCGCCUGAGUUCAACGAGCUGCCGAUGAAGGAGGCUGCCCGCUACAAGAUCGGUACCACACGCAGUCGUGGAAAAAUGCUUGUUGGCGAGGGUGUGCGUGAGGCGGCGUACAAGCAGGUGGCGGAGCUCGUUACUGGUAUGGAGCCGCCGCUGCUUCCGGGUGUGUUGGACGACGCCGACCGUGCGGGAAGCAGCAGCCGGGCGGUGGGCAUGCGUGAGGAGCACCUGCAGCGUUUCCUGCAGGAGACCACAGGCAUGGACGCGCGCAACGAGGACACGCGCCCGCCGAUGGGGCUGGCGGAGGCGCAGGAGAAAGUAAUGGACGCCUUCACGCGGCGUGACGGCGGCAGCCACCCGCGCCAACGGUAA